GUCUUUACUGGACAAGCUUGUUACGUGCUCCUGUAAACUUACCAAGUGAAGCUGCCACUAGUCUCGUGCGCGCAACAGUUUAGGUCUUUUGGAAUUAGGGAGGGGCGAUGGCGAUGGCGAUGGCGGUGCCUGCAGCGUUGGUGUUAAUGGCCUUGGUGAUGGCUGCAGCAGCUGACAAAGCCGAUUCUGGUUUGUUUUGCAAGGAGUGCUUGGACGUUGCCACCGACGCACAAGAUUUCCUGGCGAGCCCUCACAAUUUGGAGACUGUCGUCGACUUCGUCCAGGCUCAUGGCUGUGCAAAGGUUCCCCUGGCAUACAAAGACAAGUGCGACGAGAUGUCUCAAGAAUAUGUCUCGGUUCUCUUCUCCACUUUACAAGACUACAUGACUCCGCAAAAGAUGUGUCUGGACACGGGCAUAUGCGCUGGGGGCAAACACCUGGAAAUGUCUGCAACCAGUUGUUCCGCAUGCCACUUCUUGGCAACAAAGGCUCUUGCCGCAGGUAACAGGCUGAGUCCAGAGGCCAUCCGUGAAGAGCUCACUGCUGCAUGCUCCAGCCAUAAGUGGAUCCAAGACAGGUGCAUGUCUGUGCUGGAUCGUUUCGGUCCAGGGCUGCUCGGGUCCCCAGCUCAUUUUUGCAUGGAAUCAGAGGUGUGCAAGGCGAAUGGUGUGAAAGGUGUGGGACGCAACAACUGUGCGCUUUGUCGCUACCUAGCUCUGGAGAUGAAGACGAAGCUGCAGGACCCCGAGACACAGGAGAAGCUGAUUGAAUUCCUGCUGGCCAACUGCCAGAAAUUGCACAACCAUGAGGAUGAGUGCAAGCUGCUGGUGCUGGAGUAUGGGCCACAGGUGUUGGCAAAUCUGGAAGCUGUGCUCGAUGACGACGAGAUCUGCGCCAAGAUUGGAAUGUGCCCGUCGACCUUGAGCUUGUCGUCGGCAAUUUAACUUGAUAAACUACUCGAGCGCGCCCCCCACGCACACGAGACUAGACUGUACAUGGUUAUAUUUUAAUUUUAGCUAUCAAUGGUUGGAUCAA